AUGCCGCAGAGUUUAAGCGGUGCCACUAUCACCGACAGUCUUCUACGAACUAUAUGGUCUGGUCGCCUCCCAACCCACAUCCAGGCGAUCCUUGCCGCAAUGAAAGACAAGGAGCUGGAUGACGUCGCAGAAAUUGCCGAUAGCAUCAUUGACUCGGUCCACGGACACACUAUAGCCAAUGUAACCCCUAAUAAUGGUCCCACAAUACAAAACCUGGUAGAGAUGGUCAACUCCUUCAAAAUUGACCUCAACGACAUGAGACGACGAAUGUGUACAAGCAAAAUGUUGGCAAACAGUGGUGUUGGUUCAAAUUCUCAAAAGAAAAACAAAUUCGGGCUGGGACCCACUCUUGGUUCCGUUAAAAACUUAUUUUCAACAAAGUACUUGGCUAAACCUAUUGGUCUGCAGGGGUACGAGAAGAAGAAGAAGUCACGGCGAUCUACCGCUGAUAAUAAAAUGGAAUACAAAAAAAGGCCAAGCUAUGCAGAUACUGCAUAUCGAGAGGCAGUUUCGAGACUAAAGUAUUUUCUCACAGAAAGCUAUUUUCCAUCGAAAAGAAAUUAUGGCAGAGAAAUUGAUAGUGCUGGAGAAGAAACAGAUAACCAAUCAUUAUUAAGUGCUGAAAGUAGAAAUACAUCAAAGUACUUCACUUUGCCUCAUAAUCGUUACAGUCCCGUAGUUAUGAAACCGCACUUUUACACUGCCCCAAGAUCAAUGCUAAAUGCUGAUAGCAGUAAAAAUGUACUUACGGAUUUCAAGAAUAUAAAUUAUGAUAAUAAAGUCCCGCCCGAAAUUCUAAAAUUUAUUAACAAACAAGAAGAAUAUAUCUACCAUCUCGAAAAAGAAACAAGAUACUGUAAGGACGAAUUGGCCGAAUUGGUACGAAAAGUAAAAAGGUCAAUCCCAGAAAACAAUAACUAUAUCGAGAAGUAUACCACUUACGACACAAAAUUUACUUUCUCGAAUCCAGACGAAACUGAAACAGAAAUUGAAAAUGAACCAUCAAAAAGACUUGCAUCUAAAACUUUUACUAGUCCGAAAAAAACUGUGAUUCUUGAAGGUCCUAGUAUAGUUUUUGAAUCACGGAUUUCUGAGCUAGAGGCACAGCUUAUGCAAGCAAAAAUUGAAUUACAAAAAGCAAUUGAAGAGAAUGAAACGCUCAAGUAUAAAAAUAGCACUGGUGACGUAGUGGGAAGCGACAAUGAAACGUUGAAAAAACAAUUGGAAUCACUUCAAAGGGAAAAGAUAAUUCUGCAAGAAUCUGUUACAAAAUUGCAACUUGCUCUUUCUCAUUUGAAAGAUAAAGAGUUUGAUACCACAGAUCAAAUGAAACGUAGUCUUAAUGCAGCCGAACAUGCGCACUACGAAAAAAAUGCAGCAGAACAAGAAAUAAGAAGACUCAGGGAUGAAUUAGAUCGUCAACAUUCGAAACUCCGCGAAACCAUAUCAGAACAGACUCGUCGUAUUGCUGAGGAACGCAACACGAUAGAACGUCGAUACUCUCAACAAAUUGAACAGCUAACUGCAGAAUUAGCCGUUCAAUGGGAAAAUGCAAAUAAAGUACAACUCGAACUGGACAAACAGAGACGUGAAAGCGCAGAUUUACGCAGGGAAAUAGCACAAAAGAAUGGCUACAUAGACGACCUAAGAAAAGACAUGCACAGUAAAAUAGCUUCUCUUCAGUCCGAUUUAGCAAUCAGUGGUGCAGAAAAAGGCUCCUUAGAAGAACAACUAGCCACAUUACAAUUAACCAAUGAACGUAAUGAAAGACAAUUUAAACAAGAGAUUAACCGAAUGCAGGCUGAAGUGCAGUCCUUAAGACAAAGGCUAGACAGAGCCGACGCAGACCUCAUCCACAGUCGAAGAGAAAACCUGAGACUAAAUGAACAGAUUGCUUCCCUUGAAAAAGAGGUGAAUCUCAAUGCUGCCCUUGCGGAUGAAAAACAAAAAGGUGAAAUGUUGGCUCUCCCACUACCUAUAAUAAAAUCUGAAGGGAACAAUAAUGAUGUUGCAUCAAUGAUAAAGGAAAUGGAAGACAAACACGCAGUCACAGUGGCAGAGUUGGAAAGCAUGAUCCACUCGCAGAAUCAACUCAUGGAAAAACUCACGAACGAGUGUCAUGCCCUCACUAAGAAACUCGAGGAUAACAGCACUAGACAUGUGAAAGAAAUACGCCAGCUUCAGACUAGCCUAGAUUUUUUAACCAGAAGUCUUUGCCAAAAUGAAUUCAAAAAAGAUAAAGCGUAUGAUCCUGAAAGCACUUCUACAAAAACACCAUUAGCAAUUGUCCAUUCCACACAAAAUUCUACUGAUGAAAACGAAAAUGAACCUGAAAAUAACAAAACAUCUGCAACUAUAAAUUGCUCAAAUGCAAAACAAACACCUACAGAACUUUCACAAUCCGAUUACGCCGAUUCUAAUUUUAACCAGCACAAUGCAAAAGACAUAAAAGAAAUAAGCAACGCAAUUCAAUACAGUCAAAAUGCAGAAAAUUUGGAUCCUGACGAAUGUAAUGACCAACAACAUAAUGUAGACAAUUCUUUUGAACAUACCGACAUAAAGAAUUUAGAAAAUGAACAAUAUUCAACAUCCUCAGAACAACAACCAUAUUUAAAUGCCAACCCGCAACAAUCAGACAUUUCCUACGAUUCUAUUAAUACCAAUACUCCAAUACCAAAUGGAAAUCUGCAAAUUCAGAAAAAUUUGAACCCACAGCUUGGUAUGAAUGAACAAUAUAACUCAAGCCAGGGUUAUAUUGAUGAUUCAAAAAUGCAACAACAAUACGAACAUCCGAGUCAACAGUAUUCUCAAAUAUCAGACCACCAACAAUAUUCAGAAUCUGAUCAGCAGCAGUAUGCCGAUCAAAUGAAUCAGCAAUACAGUAAUGAUUUGAAAGAACCAUAUUUGGAAGGAAGUCAGGAAGCAUAUCAAAAUUUAAAUCAACAAUAUGAUGACCAAAUGAAUCAGCAAUACGCCAACGAUUUGAAAGAUCAAUAUUUACAAGAAAAUAUACACGAACAAUAUCCAGAAGAUCAAGAUUUACAUCAACAAUAUGGUACUAAUUUAAAUCAAGAGUACACUGAUGACUCCAGUAAAUAUUACCAAGAUGAAAAUGCACAUGGCGAAGAUUCAACAGCGUAUGAGUUUAAUCACACUUAUGAUCAACAAAUUGCACCUGAAAAUGCGGGUUAUGAAAAAGAAUAAUAAUGUAAUAAAACGCUGUGAACAUUGUAGAAUGUCAUAAUUUAUUAAUAAUGUGUAAAAGUGAAAGCAUUAAUAAUAUACAAAAAAGUAGAAAUCUAUAACA